UACACUUUUAUCUUACAAAUAAUGGAACAUUAUAUCGAGAUCCAGAUAUUUGAAAUGAAUAUGCUGUAUGUCAAUUGUGUUUGUAUAUUAAAAGCUUGUUUCAAAAGAAUCGAUGACAAUCUGACGAAUCUACGGGAACUCAUGAUAAAUGACAAGUCGCAUCUUCCCAGAUUGAUUUAUCACCAGCAAAGAAACCCACUUCUACUAAAAGAACUCAAGACUCUGGAAAAGCAGUAUCUGAUGGUUAGUGACACAGUGCAGAUGUUGAAUAAAAUUUUCAGUCCACAGCUCCUUGCAACCAUUGCUACAACCUUCAUCGAGAUUACUUUUGAACUAUACGUAAAUAUAGUGGAGUGGAAACAUGGGCUGUCUAUCAAUCUGUCUAAACAGAUUUAUGACACAAUAAUCAUGACUUACACAUUAUAUCUUAUUAUAAGAAUAAUUAUAAUCGUGUGGGCUUGCGAAACCAGUAAGAAUCAAGCUACAAAGAUUAACACCACUGUUCAUGAAGUUCUUAACAGCACCAGUAACGAGCAAAUUAAAAAUGAGUUGCAACUAUUUUCUUUGCAAAUACUUCAUCGCGACAACACAUUUUCUACGAAAUGUUUUAUUGUGAAUGCACCGCUUCUGUCUACGAUGGUGGGUAUUAUUACUACGUAUCUUUUAAUUUUAAUACAAUUUUUGGCCUCAUCACAUUCUUGCGACGAAGAGACUGCAGCCAACGUUAUGCAAUCUAAUUAA